AGAGAGCGGCCCGAAGCUUCCGGAAGCCCCGCCCCACCCCGCGCCUGAGCCCCGGCGGCCCCGGAGCGGCGCGGCAGCGGGCUCCGCGCCAUGGAUGUGUUCCAGAAGGUGGAGAAGAUCGGGGAGGGCACCUACGGGGUGGUGUACAAGGCCCGCAACAGGGACACGGGCCAGCUGGUGGCCCUGAAGAAGAUCCGGCUGGACCUGGAGACGGAAGGAGUCCCCAGCACAGCCAUCCGAGAGAUCUCCCUUCUCAAAGAGCUGAAGCACCCCAACAUUGUCAGGCUGCUGGACGUGGUGCACAGCGAGAAGAAGCUGUAUCUGGUGUUCGAGUUCCUCAGCCAGGACCUGAAGAAGUACAUGGACUCCAGCCCGGCCACUCCGCUACCCCUGCCCCUGGUGAAGCUGCUCCAGGGCGUCAGCUUCUGUCACUCACACCGCGUCAUCCACCGCGACCUGAAGCCCCAGAACCUGCUCAUCGACGAGCUGGGCGCCAUCAAGCUGGCGGACUUCGGCCUGGCGCGAGCCUUUGGGGUGCCUUUGCGCACCUACACCCACGAGGUGGUGACACUGUGGUAUCGCGCCCCUGAGAUCCUGCUGGGUAGCAAGUUUUACUCAACGGCCGUGGACGUGUGGAGUGUAGGCUGCAUCUUCGCUGAGAUGGUGACCCACAGGGCACUGUUCCCCGGGGACUCGGAGAUCGACCAGCUCUUCCGUAUCUUCCGGACCCUGGGGACCCCCAGUGAAGCCGUGUGGCCCGGGGUCACACAGCUGCCCGACUACAAGAGCAGUUUCCCCAAGUGGGCCCGGAAGGGGCUUGAUGAGGCGGUGCCCGGCCUGGAGCCAGAGGGCAAGGACCUGCUCACGCAACUGCUGUGCUACGACCCCAGUCAGCGGGUCUCAGCCAAGGCCGCCCUCACUCAUCCCUAUUUCUCCGCUGAGGCCUCUCCAGGCCCCCGGCCCUGCGCGCUGGAGCACUUCUGCCGCUGAGCCGGGCGAGGCCCCCACCCACGGUCCCUGGAGGAGCUGAGCCAAGGCCUGGGGGCGGGUCCAGCCACAGGCUGGCCACUGGCUUUGAAGGUGCCCUUGAAGGUGCCUUUCUGGGCACAGAAGUUCUGUGCACAAGGGGGCGGGCCAAGGUGUCCCCCACCCCGACACUGGGCCUGCAGGUGGCAGGUGCCCCGGAGGGCAGGAGGCCUGCGGGUGUGGCCUGAUGCCCUCCCCUGCCGGGCCAGACCCAGGGGCAAGGACGCCCCCUGCUGGCCCUUUGCGGGUUUAAGAAGUUUGGUUUCAGUUCGGUGUCCCACCUCACGGG